UUAUAGAGUGGCAGUCUCUGGUAUCAAGGUGACAGAGUGAACAAGAUAGGGUGAGCAUCGGAGCAUCCACAUUCACUUCCUUGCAAAUGUGGCGAAAUCUUGAGGGUGAGCAUGGGGUGAUUAAUUCCCGUGCUCGUUGAGGAGAAGGGAUAAUACAACAGAGGACUGAAAUUGAAAACCCAAACAGUACAGACCCCAUUUUAUUGUAUGAUCAGGGAAUCGUUAUGGGAAAUACUAGGGUUGAAGGUGCCAAUGAGGCUUGUAAUGGAUGUGUAACGUCUCAAAGCCAGAAUGUAUUGGAAAAUGAAUCCGAGGAUAACCAUAGUAUUCUCUCAGAUCAAUCUAGCGAUCUUGUGGAAAUUGAACGCGAGAGAGUAAGGCAGGUUUUUCAGGAGUGGAUGAGCACAGGUGUAAAGGACCAUUCACAAUCAUUGAGUGUCUCACAUAAGAAAAACUGCUCGGGGGCACCGUGGUUAGGGGAAAAUGAACGAGAAAGGGUGAGAAUCAUAAGAGAGUGGGUGAAAAUCAACAUUCAUCAAAGUGGCGAGGGUUCUCCAAGAGAUGCAGGCGCUGCUGAUAUAGGUUCUCAAUUCGAACAAGUGCGUGAUGGAGUUAUGGUCAAUCAUUCUGAAAAUGGAGAGAGAAAACCCCUGCAUAUAUAUUGCGGCAGAAAAGCUCUUCUUGAUUUGCUGAUGAAGUUUCAAAUGGAAAGGAAAAGAGAAAUUCAGGGUUUAUUGGAAUGUCAGCCUGUAUCAAACUUCACAUACCGCAACCGGAUUCAGUCAUUGCUCAAGGGUAGAUUUCUGCGGAAUGAGAGCUUGAUGACCAGUGAUGAAAGAAUUACAUCAGACGCCGCAAGUGAAUUGGGAUUACUGAGACAAAGUCAUACUGUAUCUUAUUUAAGGAAAGAACUUUUAUCCAGAUUGGUUGAUAAUGCUCGUGGUUCUGCAAAAGAUAUGCAGUUAAAUGCCUCUUCUAAAGAUGAUCUGAAUCAUCAUCGAAGUGAACAGUCUCAAUCAAAUAACGAACAAGAGAUAAUUGAUGAGUCCUAUGAUCGCUCUGAACUUGAUAAUGAAGAGAGAGAGACCUAUGGAUUUCAUGUAGUAGGGAACUCAGAAAGCAUUACAUCUGAGCAUGUAAACCAGCAAAAAUCGGUUAAUCAAAUACCUGAACAUUCAGAUCAAAUCAAAGGAAAGGAGGAUAUUGAGCAAGAGACAUCAAAUUUUGAAUUUAUUUUCAGUGUAUCUGUAAGAGAGAAUACUGGCAUUAGGAACUUGACGGAGAAUGGUGCUACUGAAUGGUUGCAGGAAACUGCAGAUUUUGAAAGUGGUUCUCGAGGGCAUGUACGAGAAGACCAUGAAUCCUUUCAUGAUAAUGAUGCACCAAGAAGUGAGGCAAUUGAUCCUCAUGAAGUCUAUGGACAUUCUCAUGGCUCAAUAAGAAGUACUUUUGAGGAUUAUGAGUGGCAAGUUUUAUUAGCUCAGGCAGAAGAUCCACAGGACGUUGUCACAGAUUAUGAGGAAAGCAACUUGCGACAAACAGAAGUGCCAUAUGAACUAGUUAUUGAACAUGGCAAAAGUGCGCAAUUGUCUGCUUCUGAACACAAUGAAACAACAAAUGUUACCGCAGAAGACAUGAGUGGAAUUUGGAAGGAAGGUGCUGCAAACCAUUGGUACCCAGACAGUUCGGAAAAUGAUACUGAAGAACAAAUCUACGAACAAGAACAACAUGAGGACUGGCAGAGUAAUGAUUGGCUAGAUAUGCCUUCUGGUCAGAAUGCUGGAUCCAUGAGAAGGGUUGAUUCAUUAUAUGUGCCUGAUGAUGACAGUGUUUACAAUAUUGAACUUCGAGAACUUCUAAGAAGGAGGCGCGUCUCUAAUCUGCUUCAAAGUGGUUUCCGUGAGAGUCUAGACCAGCUAAUACAAUCUUACAUUGAAAGGCAAGGUCACGCUUCUGAAUGGUAUAUGGAUGGAACAUCAUCAUCCCCUGAUGAUACGGAAAACGAGCUGCUUCAAGAAUAUGCCAAUCAAGAUGGGCCUCAGAUAAAUAGUGAAUCUAACCCCUUUGCCAUGACUUCACUACAUGUGCCACCUUCUCAGCCACUUUGGAACCUGGAUCCAGAUGAUCAUAAUUUGCCUCUCCGAGAUCCGUGGCAGUGCAUAGGAACAGAUUGGGAAAUCAUACAUGAGUUGAAGAAUGACAUGUCUAGGCUUCAGCAGAGGAUGGACAAUAUGCAGAGGAUGUUGCUUAAGUGCAUGGAAAUGCAAGUUGAGCUGCAACGUAUGGUUUAUCAAGAUGUUUCUGCAGCCUUAAAUCGAUUUGCUUGUUCAACAGAUAUUGCUGCUGCAUUCAAGGACGGUCUGCUGAAUGAUGAAUCCAAAUGGGAUAAUGUGAGAAAAGGGAUUUGUUGUUUGUGUUGUAAUACCAGCAUAGAUGCCUUACUGUAUAGGUGUGGACACAUGUGUACAUGUUUAAAAUGUGCAGAAAAUUUGGUCCAGUGGAACGGAAAAUGUCCAAUGUGCCGGGCACCAGUAAUUGAGGUGAUCCGAACUUUUUCUAUACAGUAAUGUUGGUGCAUGUUUGGGCGUGUGCAGCACUGCUCAAAUUAGUUCACUAAACGAAAAUUGUCCAAAAAGUGUUCCCGGGCACCGUCAAUUAAGGUUUUUCUGUACAUAGCUGGUAGAAAACUAAACAAUACCUGUAAAGCAGAGGUAGAUAUAAUGAAAUAAGAGAACGUGCAUUCGUUGCUGCUUUAGUUUGUCUGGGUAAGUCGUCU